CAGGUUUCGGACCUGUCCCUAGAGCUGAUGCGCGUGAACUGCUGCCCCUAAGCAGUGAGCAUGCUACAGUAAGCUACAGCGUGCGACUGGCAUCUCUUGUGAUGUCAGUGAAACAGGACCGCUGAUAGGACCGUGCAGAACCUAGUGCCGAAGCUUCACCUGUUCGCAUGCACAGUCGUCUCUUACCUGAACUUCCAGCUCGGACGUGGACUGACCAACACUUUGCUCACCAUUAUGUUAUCCUACGCGGUUUGCAGCCUGGUUCUGGCGCUCGUGGCACUCCCGGGAGCGGCACUUGGUGAGAUGGUCUUCCGCUGCCCAAGCUGCACCUCCGAGCGUCUGAACGCAUGUCCGGGCAACACGGAGACUUGCGUAGAGAUUGUGCGGGAGCCUGGAUGCGGUUGCUGUCCCGUGUGCGCCCGUCAGGAAGACGAGUCUUGCGGCGUGUAUACCCCGAGAUGUGCUAGCGGCUUCCGCUGUUACCCGCAACCAGAUUCUGAAUUGCCGCUGGAGCAGCUCGUGAAAGGGCACGGGCGUUGUGGACGCAAAGUGGACACCGAUCCUACGGUGGAACGACCAGAACAAAGUGGCGAGGUGCUGGACCCCUUCGACUUGGGGCUGACGGAGGUUCCCCCAGUUAGCAAGGCCACCAAAGACAACUCAUGGGGCCCCAAGGAGGAGGCCCUCAGGAUCCACCGGCAGGGCCAGAAGGCCAAGAUGAAGUCCAACAAAGUGGAGGACCCCAAGGUGCCACGCUCUAAGCUGACCCAGUGUCAAACGGAACUGGACCAGGUCCUGGAGCGCAUCUCCAAGAUGCCCUUCAGGGACAACCGGGGCCCACUGGAGGACCUGUACGCCCUGCACAUCCCCAACUGUGACAAGAUGGGCCAGUACAACCACAAACAGUGCAAGAUGUCUGUGAAUGGACAGAGAGGUGAGUGCUGGUGUGUCAACCCUCACACUGGACGAGCAAUCCCAGAAUCCCCAGUGGUCAGAGGCGACCCCAACUGCAGCCAGUACCUCGGAGGACAAGAGAUUAACCCCCCGACUGCACCCUUGAAUUAACCCCCCAUCGCCCGCUCUGUGCCCUGUCCCUGCCCCCCCCCCCCAUCCCUCCCCACAAAGCCCACUGGAGGGCACAGCCAGGCCCAGUAGGGGCAGUGUGUCAACAUGGACGGAGGGCUGCAACUAACGAUUAUUGCCCCAAUCGAUUUAUCUGUUGUUUAUUUCCUCGAUUAACCGGUCAGUUGUUUGGUCUAUACAAUGGUGCAUAAAAAAACUGCUCAAGCUCAAGAUGAUGUUCUCAAAUGCCUUGUUUUUUUUGUCCUCACGCCAAAGAUAUUCAGUUUACUGUCAUAGAGCGCUAGUAGACCAGAAAAAUAAUUUGAAGUUUAAGAGGAUGGAAUCAGAGAAUUUAGAUUGUUUUUCACCUAAAAAUGACUCAAACUGAUUUCAUCAAUUACCAAAAUAGUUGGCGAACAGUAAAAUAAUAAUCGAUUCAUUGUUGCAGCAUUACAAGAAAGUGAGCUGUACAGAUAUAUGUAUUUGUGUGAGUGGCUGUAGACAUUUUGUUUUCAUCUAAAGUGUUCAACUGAUCGUUGCCAAAUAUGUAUCUUAGUGUGUGGUGUUUAAUUAGAAGUAGGAUACAGGCAAGCUUCUAAGCAUCUUUAGACACUUAGAAGGUUCUAGAUCUUUUAGUACACCAUACAACAAAUCCAGUAUACCAUCAUCUAUGCCAAUUAGCUGAGCAUGGGGUUUUUGGUAAUUAGAGUCUGUUUGUUUGUUGUAUCUUACUAAAUAUAGAGUGAGUUAGCUGAAUAUGUGUUGUUGCUCAGCACAGAAGAGCUUGUUCAGUUGGCAAUGUUUUCAGUUCUUUAGACAUUGUUUGAUAUAAAAAGCCAUUUUUUUUAACAGGGAUUGUAAGCUACAAAGACUCCUUGGGGCUCCCAAAAUGAUUUUGAGUUAAAGGACUAACAUGAAAUGUGUUUAACAUUAGAUCCCUGGUAACCCUCUCUAACAUAGAGAGACCUCACUUUUUUAACACAUUAACAAUGUCGUAGUUUAAUGUUAAAACUGUAAUCCAUUCCUGACUGGAAAUAUGGUUUACCAUUCACAACCGGAAGGUGCUUUGAAAUAUAAUUGUUAUUUGACUACACAAAGUAUGUGUUAUAAAAAAUAUGCACUGACAAAAUGUCUGUUUCAUGCAAGAUGUUACUGUCUGCAGUGGUGCUUUCUGCCACCUGGUGGUCAUUUUUGACAAGGUGGUCAGGGUUCACAGUAGUGCUCUGACCAACAGGACAACCACAGGUGGCUAUUCCAAAUGGUCUGCACACUAUGUUUUUGUUUGCUGAUUUGGGUUGAAAUAAUUAAGGAUUAAGAGAGCAGGUCGGUAUGACCAGUACCUUCUACUCUCUUCAUAAUCAUUAGCACUCAGCCUCCUUGUAAAUCGGUUUAUUACACACUGACACGUUUACAACAGACAUGGCAAUUUGAGGCGGCUCCCAUCAAACUUAACAUAAUAUAAUUUGUGUUGUUAACGUGUCUCUGUACCCCAGUUAUUGACAAAAAUGCUCCUCCUAACUCUGUACUUUUGACUGGUAGGCUACUCCUCUCCGGAAUGAGCUUUCUUGUGUUUCAGACAAAUUCUUCCUCAGAAUGUGUUUAUUUUUUUUUGUUUUGUUUUGUUUAGCAGCUCUUGCCAUACGUUCUCAGCCCUCCAUAUAAUCUGUUCUGGUUCUGUUGAAGCUCAUUGUGUCUUCAGUGUACAAUAUGCAUACAUUACAAAAUACUCUCCAGUCAUGUCUUACAGUAUUAUAUUAAACACAUAUUAAACCA